GACCAGCGUUCUUCUAGAGAGGAUUCCAACUGUCUCUCUGUCCGUCAGCCUCGCCGUCUGCGCCUCUUUCUGCUCGACUGUCUUCACGAACCAAAGAAAUCAACCAUGGAGGCCAUCAAGAAGAAAAUGCAGAUGCUGAAACUGGACAAGGAGAAUGCCAUCGAUCGUGCAGAACAGUCGGAGAUCGACAAGAAAGGGGCAGAGGACAAAUGCAAACAGCUGGAAGAGGAGCUCCUGGGCCUGCAGAAGAAACUGAAGGGUGUCGAGGACGAGUUGGAUAAAUACUCUGAGUCACUGAAGGACGCUCAGGAGAAACUCGAGCAGGCUGAGAAGAAGGCCACAGAUGCCGAGGCUGAGGUGGCGUCUCUAAACAGACGUAUUCAGCUGGUUGAGGAGGAGUUGGAUCGUGCGCAGGAGAGACUCGCCACUGCUCUACAGAAACUGGAGGAGGCGGAGAAAGCUGCAGAUGAGAGCGAGAGAGGAAUGAAGGUGAUUGAGAACAGAGCAUCCAAAGAUGAAGAGAAGAUGGAGAUCCAGGAGAUGCAGCUGAAGGAGGCCAAGCACAUUGCUGAGGAGGCUGACCGCAAAUAUGAGGAGGUGGCACGUAAGCUGGUGAUUCUCGAGGGUGAACUGGAGCGCUCUGAGGAGCGAGCUGAGGUGGCUGAGGCUCGAGUCAGACAGCUGGAGGAGGAACUUAAACUCAUGGACCAGAAUUUUAAAUCCAUGGUGGCUGUAGAGGAUGAGUACUCCACAAAAGAAGACAAAUACGAGGAGGAGGUCAGAGUACUUACGGAAAAACUCAAGGAGGCUGAGACCCGUGCCGAGUUUGCCGAGAGGUCCGUGGCAAAGCUUGAGAAGACCAUUGAUGAUUUAGAAGAGAAACUAUCUCAGGCCAAAGAGGAAAAUCUAAACAUGCACCAGGUGCUCGACCAAACUCUCCUGGAGCUCAACAAUUUAUAAAGAUGGAUCUGUGCAACACAGACAAGAGUCUUACACAACGCCCAGCUUUCCAGCGGAGCCGAAUGCACCUGCUCUCCAGCUCUGCAGUCUUAAUUCACUUUAACAGAUGAAUGUCUUAUGGUCACACACUUUCCGUUUCAUGUCCAGGCUUAAUGCACAGUGGCUUGAUUAGUAGCAAUGUAAGAAACCAAGAUAUUUGGAUUUAUAAUAUUAAUAUGAAAUCUGUUUGUGACAGUGAGAUUGUGAACUUUCCUAAAAAAUUCCUUAAAACGUUUUCCAAAAAUGAGUAUUGUGUACCACAUUGGAUUUUUUUAACAUACCAAAAUUGUACCUGUUUUUUUUUUAAAGCGCAGGUUUGUGAGUGUAACUGCAAGUAUAAAAAUUGAAUUUGUUUUGCUCCCUCGAAUGCAUAUCACUUUUCAAUUAUUAGGUAAAGGGAUGUAAAAACAGCAGAUUAUAUUCUGGCAUACUGAUUCUUGCCAUUUUGAAUGCAUCACCCAAUCAUGUAUCCUAUGCAAUUUUGUAAGCUCGGUGUUUUGUUUAAACUAUUAAAACUGUUUCAUCAUCAA